GCCUCGAGAGCAUUCUCAAAGACAUCGAGCGUCAUGGGCUGCCAAAGGCUCAUUCACGGAGUACGAUAAAGAGAGCCCGCGAGAAGCAGAUCGAAGAGUACUCGACUUCCUACGGCCCUGUGCUUCAAGCUCUUGAGGUGCUUGAGUUGGGUUCCUGGGCCCUUUCUCGAGAGGCAUUCUGGUUUUGCCUCUGCGCGGUGAAGUCGAGCACUGUUCAGAAGAUUGGCGGUAUGAGUUUGCUCAUGCCUCAUCUUCUGGAGCUAUUUCGCAUGCCUUUUGACACCUCUAGUGGCAUUUACUUGCGGCAUGAAGAUUGGCGGGUCAUGUUCUUUGGACAAGUGGCGCUGCACAUUGGAGACGAGGUGGCAUGCAAGUCUGUCCUGGGUGUCAAGGGAGCUGCCGGGACAGUUUUCUGCGCUUGCUGCCAGAAUGGCGUUGACUUCAAGAGUGCUUUGCAGGAUCACGAUGACCGGCUCAUACCGUCAACAUGCCUGGAGUUCUCGAGGUUCCGUCAACACACAACUGAGAGCGUCAGGGACGCACAUCAACUGUUGCGUGAACGCCAUGAAGUUGAGACGGCUGCAGGCUUCAAGCUUUUAGAGCAGAGCCUGGGUUUCAACUGGCAUGAACGAAGCCUGUUGAGCAUCCCGCGCCACCA